AUGUCAUCACAGGUAAAUAAACCUCAUGUGUAUCAGCGGAAGGUGCUACUUGCAACGGCAAUAAUAAGAGUACUGGACAGCAGCGGAAGCUACCAGGAGGCGCGGGCCUUGCUGGAUGGAGGAAGCGAGAGCACAUUUAUAUCGGAGUCAUGCGUGCAGAAGUUGGGCUUAAAGCGGUUUAAGCCUGACGCCCCGAUCACAGGACUGAACUGUACUCCUAUAAGCGGUUGUAGGGGAGCAGUUAACCUGACCAUGGCACCUAGGCUGACGGAUCAGCCUGUGCUAGUGACCACGGCUACAGUCUUAAAUAAAAUCACGCAUAACCUGCCUGGAUAUUCGUUGCCUGCUCAAUUAGCGGAUAAUUAUCGGGGACUGUAUCUUGCGGAUGAACAGUUCUUUGUCAGUCGGGAGAUUGACAUUUUAAUAGGCGAAGACCUACUUGGUGAGAUUGUACUCAGCGGACGCAUUAAAAUCAAUGAUCACAUUCCACGGGUGACGAAAACUGUGUUCGGCGAUGUAUUGUCAGGUCCAGUCACUAUUGCGGCUUCCCCUCAAGUUCCUUGCUCCCAAGUCUUUUUCUGUAGCACAACCACAGAUCAGAUUUUAGAGCGAUUCUGGGAAGUGGAGGACAUUCCAGUUCAGGUAGAAAGCCCAAAAGAUCUGGAAUGUGAGACGAUUUUUAAGGAAACCCAUCGACGGGUUGAAGAGGGCAGAUAUUCGGCACGGUUGCCUUUUUUAUCUGAUGCUCCUGUGAUUGGAAAUACCGUACCCAUAGCCAUGAAGCGGUUCUUAGCUAUGGAAAGGCGGCUCCUCGCGAACGGCAACGAGGCUUUUAGAAAUAAGUAUGUUGGAUUUAUGCGGGAGUAUUUGGAGACUGGACACAUGUCCUUGUGUAACGGAGAACCACAGGAUUAUACAAGUGGGAGCUAUAUCAUUCCCCAUCAUGGAAUUUUUAAGGCAGAUUCGGAUAAAAUUCGGGUUGUAUUUGAUGCUAGUUGCGCAUCAGCUAAUGGAGUCGCCCUAAACGAUUGUUUACAUGCGGGUCCAAAGCUACAGCGAGACAUCGCGGAAAUUAUCUGUAGAUUUAGGCUACAUCGUUAUGUUUUUACAACGGACAUCAGGAUGAUGUUUAGACAGAUUUUGAUUGCAGAGGAGGAUCGGCGGUUCCAGCUCAUUUUCUGGAGGGAGUCCCCAGAUUUGCCUUUGCUUAUAUAUCGGCUAAAUACAGUAACUUACGGUAUGAAGUCGAGCCCAUACCUCGCGAUUCGGACGCUAAGACAGUUAGCAGACGACGAGGAACCACGGUUUCCUGCAGCGGCACAUCUUCUUCGCUCUUCGGUGUAUAUGGAUGAUAUUUUAGGCGGGGCUGAUUCCAUAGAAGACGCGAGCAAGUUGAAGCAGGAACUGACGGACUUACUACGCUCUGGCGGUUUCGAGCUUAGUAAGUGGACGUCCAAUAGCAAGGAAGUCUUAAAGGACAUAGAAGAGGAGCAUUUAGAAAAACCUCGGAAGAUAUUUGAUAAUGCGGAUGGGCCUAGCUUCUAUAAAAUCCUUGGUGUUCAAUGGGAUUCUAGCAGCGACAGUUUCUCAUAUCGUACUAGGCUAGACGAUACUGGCGGGUGUACAAAGCGGUCAAUUUUGUCAACAUUAGCUAGGGCCUUUGAUCCUUUGGGGUGGAUCUGUCCGGUCAUUUUUCAGGGUAAGGUCCUCAUGCAGCAACUCUGGUUGAAGAAUUUGUCAUGGGACGCGGAAGCUCCUAAUGACGUGAUUGAGGAAUGGCAAGGCAUUUUAAAAGAAAUGCCUCAAAUUUCAAGUCUACGUAUGGAACGCUUUGUCUUAUUAGACGUUAAGUCUUGUUCUCUGCACGGGUUCUCAGAUGCAUCAGAGCUUGGAUAUGGUGCAGCGGUUUAUCUGAGGACUGUGGGACAUGACGGGAGGGUCAAGGUUAGUUUGAUGAUGGCCAAAUCACGAGUUUCGCCGAUUAAAUCAAAACUAACAAUUCCGAAACUAGAGCUAAGCGGUGCUGCGUUGCUAGUCAGACUUUUGAAAUACGUCGUUGCUGCCAUCACUGAUGACAUGACGAUCGACGGAAUCUGCGGAUGGUGUGACAGCACUAUUGUUCUCUCGUGGUUGAAGGUAUCGCCACAUUUGUUGCAGACUUUUGAGGGCAAUCGGGUUUCUCAAAUCCUGAAUUGCGGCUUAGACAUAACCUGGAGACACUUACCUUCAGAAAUGAACCCUGCUGAUGUCGCGAGUCGCGGUUGUCGCACAUCGGUACUGCUGGAGCAUCCUUUAUGGUGGGGACCUCCUUGGUUGUCAGGUGAUGCGGAGACCUGGCCCAGGAAUAUAAUGGAUAAAGCGGAAGAUCCAUUACCUGGAUUGCGGAAGGUGAAGAACCAAGGCUAG